AACUCUUUUAAACAAUGGCGACCUCAUUUGCAAGUUGCAUCCUCCGCAAAAACAUAUUUCAUACCUCUUUCUGAAACCACUAAACCCUAGGGUUUUGUUUAUUCUCAUCUACAGAUAUUAUGGGGGAAGGAAUAGGUAGUUCCGAGAAGCGGAAGAAGAAAAUACUGAGGAAAAACAGAGCUUCACUCACGAACGCUGCAGAUAAAAUGGAUGUCGCAAAUGCUGACAAGAAAACGAAAAAGGUUGCACGAAGCAAGAAAAGGAAAGACGUAGAGCUACCUGAUUUUUUUGCCUCUUCUAUGCCAGAAGAUAAUGAGGGCAAAAGCAGUGCUGAAAUGCGUGACAAAAAGAGGAACAAAUUGAAGAAAAAGAAAAGAGAGAAGGAAAAAAGAAAGGACGGUGUUCGUGAACUUGUUUCACACUCUAAUGAAGAUGAAGAUUAUUCCGAUCAACAAAUUGAUAAUCUGGAUGGUGCAAUUUCUGAAAAGAAAACGAAAAAGGCUGCAAGAAAAAAACAAAGAAAAAACACCGAGCUACCUGAAGCUGAAACACAUGAAAUUGUUGCCUCCACUACUACAGACAAUGUUAAGGAGGGUAAAAACAGUGCGGAAACAAGUGACAAAAAAAGGAACAAAUCAAAGAGAAAGAAAAAAGAUAAACAAAAUAGAAAGAAGAACGACACUCGUGAAUAUGCUCCACACACUGAUGAAGCUGGAGACGGUUCUAACCAACAAAGUGGUAAAUCAAAGAGUGCGUCUCAAAUAGAAAGCGAUGCUACUUUACUUGAUGACGAUGAAGUUUAUCAAAUUUCUUCAGGGGACGAGGAUGAGACAACAGGAAUGAAAAGAUGGAUUACAAAGUACCAUAGAGCUAGACCUGGGGCCGAGGUUUUGUUGGAAGGGAUCAAUGAUUUCUUGGUCGAUUACUGGGCACAAAAGGAGAAGGAAAGAAAAGAAAGGGAAGAGGAAGCAGCCGAAGGUGGAUGGACUGUUGUUACACAUUUCAAGGGUAGAAAGAAAACAACAGACGCUGAAAGUGGUACGACCGUUGGUUCCGUCGCUCAGGCUGCUGUAAUGGAUAAGAUGUCUAAAAAGAAAGAUAAGCAAGUGGGCAUCAAUUUCUAUAGUUUUCAGAAAAGGGAGGCACAGAGAAAUGAGAUCAUGAUGCUGCAAAGCAAAUUCGAGCAGGACAAGAAACGAAUACAGCAACUGAGGGCUGCAAGGAAGUUUCGACCGUACUAGAUGCCGUGAACUCUUGUAUAAUCAUUUGGUUUGCAAGAGUUGGAAAAACCGUUCAAGUUUAAAUGGAAAACCUCUCUGGCAUCUGUUGCUGCGAAAGAGUGCAAGUAGUGGUCACAUGGUACUGUUUAUUAUUUUCGGGUCUUAAUAGUGGUCACAAGAGAUAGUACUGACCCAUUGGUGUUGCAGGUGCUAUUUUUAUGAUGGUUACUUGACAAAUUUAUCAACUCUAAAUCCAAUAGGAGAACCAUGUUUUUUAAACAAAUUAUUACACUGUUCCUGAGAUCUUUCUGUAAUAUGGCAUGAUCUAUUGGUAUUAAACUUGUUAUAUUAUGGCU